AUGUCGACCCCUCCCUCCCGUCUCAAGAGCAUCCUGAGCCAUCUCAUCCCGGGCCACCACCCGGAGAACACCCACGUCACCCCCUCGGCCCCUCACAUUCACCAGCUCUCUCCGACCUUCUUCCUUCCCCGCGCCGCCGCUAUCGAGCCCAACGCCGAGGCCAUCUUCCACCUCACCACGAACGGCCGCGUCCUCCGCCGUUCCUACUGCGAAUUCGCCGACCGUGCUCGCGGCUUGGCUUACUACCUCAUCAAGCAUGGUUACCGCCGCGUGGGCAUUCUCGCCCCCAACACCCCGGCCUUCCUAGAGUCCAUCUACGCCAUUCCCGCCGCCGGAGGCAUCAUCGUGCCGGCUAACUACAGGCUCGUACCCGAGGAUAUCGAGUACAUUUUCGAUUUCGCCGAGGUCGACUUCAUCAUUGCCGACAAGGAGUUCGAGCCGCUCUUGUCUGCUUUCCGGAAGACUCACCCCAACGUGAACGUUCUAGUUGAUCUGGAUACCGAUUCUUCGGCUGGCCAAUUACACGGUCCCUUCGACCAGGCUGUCUGGGAGGGUCUUCAGUACGACCACGCCCUUGGUCAGAAGGGAUGGGAGGGCCUCCAGGCUCAGUGCGCUGCCGAAGAUGAUUUGGUCGCACUCCCCUUCACCUCGGGAACCACCUCCCGCCCCAAGGGUGUCAUGUACACCCACCGAGGUGCCUAUCUCGCCGCCCUUGCCAACGUGGUCGAGUCCAACCUGAACGUUGACCCCGGCAGGUGCAGGUACCUCUGGACUCUUCCUCUCUUCCACGCCAUCGGCUGGACAUUCCCCUGGUCUGUCUGUGCGGUGCGAGGCACACACAUCUGUCUCAGGAAGAUUGACUACCCUCUCAUCUGGAAGCUCCUCAAGGAGGAGGGUGUCACCCACUUUAACGCCGCCCCCACUGUCAACACUCUCCUCUGCUCUUCCGAUGCGGCCGAGCGACUUCCCAGGCCCGUAAAGGUCACUGUUGCCGCCAGCCCCCCGACCGCUCACCUCUUCGAGCAAAUGACGAACCUUAACCUUAUCCCCCGCCAUGUCUAUGGUCUCACCGAAUCCUACGGUCCCCUAACGGUCUCCUACCCCCUCCCCGAAUGGGAAUCCCUCUCCCCCAAGGAGAAGUUCUCGAAGCUCGCCCGCCAAGGUCACGGCUUCAUCACCUCCCUCCCCGCCCGCGUCGUCAAGACCAAGUCUGACGAAGAAAUCGAAGCCGCUGCCGCCGCUGCUGCUGCCAACCCCACGGAACAUGCCGAGGAGGCCGAGGAGGUCCUCGUCGAUGUCGCCAAGGACGGCAAGGAGAUUGGCGAGAUCGUCUUCUUCGGAAACAUUUGCACGAAGGGUUACUACAAGGAUCCCGAGGCCACCAAGAAGAUGUACGCCGGUGGCGGCUUGAGGACGGGAGAUUUGGCUGUUUGGCAUCCUGAUGGCUCUAUCCAAAUUCUCGACCGAGCCAAGGAUAUCAUCAUUUCAGGCGGUGAAAACAUUUCCUCCGUAGCCCUCGAAUCCCUCCUCGCCGAACACCCCGACAUCCUCGAAGUCGCCGUCGUUGCCGUCCAAGACUCCCACUGGGGCGAGCGCCCCAAGGCCUACAUCACCGCCAAGGACCCCGCGAACCCCCCCACCCAGGAGGCCGUCAUCACCUGGGCCAAGGGCAAGACGGCCGACCCCAAGGCCGGCAAGAGCGGUAUCAGCGGUUUCAUGGUGCCUAGGGAGGUCGAGGUCCUCAAGGAGCUGCCUAAGACUAGCACGGGGAAGAUUAGGAAGAACGUGCUUAGGGCUUGGGCUAAGGAUAACUAA